UAUAUAUACUAUCAAAUAUUUCUCAGCAUAAUCUCAUUAAAAAAAUGGCAACCACUGUUUUUCGCUUAUCCUUGCUUCUGAUAUUACUAUCAAAUGCAGUCUCUGAUCUAUGCAACCCACAGGAUAAAAAAGCAUUGCUCCAAAUCAAGAAAGACCUCAACAACCCUUACCUUCUAGCCUCAUGGAACCCAGACGCUGAUUGCUGCACUGACUGGUACACCGUCGAGUGCGACCCCAAAACCCACCGUAUCAACUCCCUUACUAUCUUCGACUCCUCCACCUCACACACCAAUUUCUCCGCCCAGAUCCCUCCCUCCAUCGGCCUGCUUCCAUACCUCGAAACUCUCGUCUUUAAAAAACUUCCAAACCUCACGGGCCCUCUCCAGCCCGCCAUUGCCAAUCUUACCAACCUCAAGUUCCUCCGCAUCAGUAACACCAACUUGUCAGGCCCGGUUCCUUCCUUCUUAACCCAACUCACAAACCUCACGUUUUUAGACCUCUCUUUCAACAACCUAACCGGUUCAAUCCCCGGUUCACUCUCUCAGCUUCCAAACCUCGCCGCACUUCACUUGGACCGUAACCACUUAACUGGUUCGAUCCCUUCCUCGUUUGGUUCGUUUAAUGCCAGUAUAUAUCUCUAUCUCUCCCAUAACCUUCUCACUGGUUCCAUCCCAACCUCGUUUGUAAACCUCAACCUGCAGAAUUUGAAUGUGAGUUACAACAGGUUGUGUGAUGAAAUUCCGGUUGGUGGAAAAUUGCAAAGUUUUGAUCUUUUUGAAUAUUUUCAUAAUAAGUGCUUGUGUGGUUCUCCACUUCCCAACUGUACCUGAUCCAUAACUAUAAGGCGCCAAAUAAAGAAGUAUGUCAUGAAUUUUCUACCAUUGUGAAGCAAAACAGUAAAUUUGAGAUAGAAUAUUAAUUCAUAUCCAAAAAAAUAUGUAGCGUUUCAUAUUAUCACAAGGAUCGUCCAAAAAGAAUUUCAUGAAAUCUAGUGGUAUACUAUAUACUAAAGUGUGAUGUUUUUAUGUAUACAUUUAUAAUUUUACUGUUUUAUUACUCUCAUUAUUUUGAGAGACUGAAAAGAAUUGAAAUGAGAAGGAAAUCGAAAGGAAAUUGAAUGAAUUCAUUCUUCUCAACUGAAUUCCAGCAUUAUAAGAGUUAGGUCACUUAAGUAGUAAAGAUCUCACUAUGAGAAACAAAUAACCAACAAACUCAAUAUAAACAACUAACUAUAAAAUAAUAAACUAAUAAUUGGUUAUAUGAUUAUAUCCUUCUUCAAGUUGGAGAACAUAUGUCAAGGAGAUCAAACUUAGAAAUGAAGAUAUGAAAUGGAGU